UUUUUAUAAUACUGUGGCGGUUUGACAGCUCAACACCGUGCCUCUUGUAAGCUUUCUGAGAUCGCGUAUGUAAUAAUUUUAUUUUGUAAUAUCUUUUGAUAAACGUAUGAGAAAUAACAUGUAUUUCGUAGUAAAAUUAGAGUAUGUAGUUUCUUAGUUUAUACUUAAGUGCACUUACAGUGUUACAUAAAUAGUAGAGUGGUAAUUGAGUCGGCAAUCCAUGUCUACAACAAUACGUCAGUAAAUUAAUGUUGGCUGAUAGAUAAUGGAUGUGGAUACUCCUAACAUAUUGAAGAGGUGUAGUAGUGCACCUUUGAUCAAUGAGGCUGCAUCAACGACAGCAACUUCACCUACGACCAGUACUGCACCCAGGAGUACAUCAUUUUUCGGAAUGUUCUCCAAUAACAGCCUCCCUCGGACGCGUAGCAACAGCAUCAGUUGCAGCCCACUUUCAGCGGCUAUUAAUAUACCAAUAUUUCAGGGAUCGUGUGCGCGGCGAUUAACACCCCGAGUGAAUCAACUGCGUGCUGAAGAAUGUGCUGAUGUCAGCAAUCAGCGUGAAGUUGCGCACGAGCGUGAAGUGCACAGUGCAAUGCAAAUGGGACAGUCAUAUGAAGAUCUUACUCUUGUCGGUGGACCAGCGAAUUCACCUACACGGGUCCCAAGGUUUUCCACAGUGGUAUCCCCAUCGCCGCCCCGGAAAUACACGACUCGCCGCAGUUUAUCCCCGAACCCCAUCAGAGCGUCGAGUUUCAGCCCCAUCCGGCCCAAUGCACUCAUUGGCAAACGUCGCUGCGACGACGGGGAACAGUCGCUGUCGAAACGAAUGUGCACUGACCGGUUAACGCCUUCUACUCCCGGAACACCAGAUUCAGACUCCUCCGAGUGCACCUUCCGACCGGUCUCUCCCCGGGGGCAGCCGAUGAGUGAAUCGGAGCACACAAAUCAUAAAGCGAGCCCUAGCUAAUACCUAAUAGGACAAUGUAUGGUUUUAUUGGAAAGGUCUCUAUGGAAAGGUAGAACCAUAAAAUUCCGAUGGGUCGGUACUGUAGCUUUAGAAAUUUUGAUAGGACUCUGACAAGUGCAAUACUGGAAGCUCGACCUUGGAGAAAUUUUGGAGGCCUAAAUGGUUUGUGAACUUUCUGGUGCAUUUGAUGGUGAAUUGAAGUUGUAAGGGUUGUAAAUUUUGAUACAUUUAAAAAAAAUACUAAUAAUCUCCACUAAAUACAGGUCAGAAAUGUUGACUUGUAUGAGACUCCAAGCCAAAUUAGAUAUAUACUAUCCCAGUGUAAUUAAUUAACAGUUUUAAUGGUAGACGGCAAAUCAAAAGUCUUGGACUUUAACCCACAUCGCAUCAAUUCACCCCUCGUGGCGUUAAGUUCCUAAUAAAACGUAGUAGGAAUGUAAGCGAGUGCCCAUUUAUAGCCAAAGCAUCAAAAACUUUAUUGUAAAUAGUAUAUAAAGCUUGUACAUAGCGGUAGUGUUAAGUAUUAUAGCCAUUAUUUAAGUUUUUUUUUGGGCCAAUUCGCUCAUGUCAUCCCGCCUUUCAUUAUAAUAUGGCGCUUGUAAUAGAAAACAUUGGGCAGCUUUCGAAAAAAACUUGCCACACGCGUACGCGGUUCGUAUACGUGUAUACGUUUGGAAUACGCGUAUACGUAAACGUUUAUGUGUAGGAGUGAUAGCGUCUUGUAAGUAAAACUGGAUUGAAAACUAACCAGUGGCCGGCAAUUAUAUUUUAACGCUAUAUAAAAAAUUGAAAAUUAGACAAUAAAAUUAAUGUACUGGUGCAUAAGCAUUUAAAAUUGUAGUUAUUAAAAAUUCAAUGUUUUUGUCAAAUA